UGCUGCCGCCUGGCCCACUGACGUGUCGGGGCCCCGAGACGCGUCGCGAAAGGUCGCGGUGGAACUUACCUGCGGGGUACAGAUCUGGCGCUUUACGCCGCUAGGCACUGCUGAGCUGGGAGAUGUCGGCUGCGGGCAGGCCGGAGCCCUUGGGUCCUCCCGGCAGCUUUGCGAAGCGGCUCCUGGUGACUGGGGGUGCUGGUUUCAUUGCAUCACAUGUGAUUGUCUCUUUAGUACAAGAUUAUCCAAACUAUAUGAUCAUAAAUCUAGACAAGCUGGAUUACUGCGCAAGCUUGAAGAAUCUUGAAACCAUUUCUAACAAACAAAACUACAAAUUUAUACAGGGUGACAUAUGUAAUUCUCACUUCGUGAAACUGCUUUUUGAAACAGAGAAAAUAGACAUAGUGCUCCAUUUCGCUGCGCAAACACACGUAGAUCUUUCAUUUGUACGUGCCUUUGAGUUUACAUACGUUAACGUCUAUGGCACUCAUGUUUUGGUGAGUGCUGCUCAUGAAGCCGGAGUGGAGAAAUUUAUUUACGUGAGCACAGAUGAAGUGUAUGGAGGCAGUCUUGACAAGGAAUUUGAUGAAUCUUCACCCAAACAACCUACGAACCCUUACGCAUCAUCUAAAGCAGCUGCUGAGUGUUUUGUGCAGUCUUACUGGGAACGAUACAAAGUAAUCAUUGCAGGCGGACCUCUUACUGCAUUAAUGUGGACAACCUUUAGUUUCCAGCUGUCAUCACACGAAGCAGUAACGUUUAUGGACCACAUCAGUAUCCAGAAAAGCUGCAUUCAUGGAUCCGGGCUUCAAACAAGAAAUUUCCUUUAUGCUACUGAUGUAGUAGAAGCAUUUCUCACCGUCCUCAAGAAGGGGAAACCGGGUGAAAUUUAUAACAUCGGAACCAAUUUUGAGAUGUCAGUUCUCCAGCUUGCCAAAGAACUAAUACAGCUGAUCAAAGAGACUACUUCAGAGUCUGAAAUGGAAAACUGGGUGGAUUAUGUUAAUGAUAGACCUACCAAUGACAUGAGAUAUCCAAUGAAGUCAGAAAAAAUACAUGGCUUAGGAUGGAGACCCAAAGUGCCUUGGAAAGAAGGAAUAAAGAAAACAAUUGACUGGUACAGAGAGAAUUUUCACAACUGGAAGAAUGCGGAAAAGGCCUUAGAACCCUUUCCAGUACAAGCAUCGGUUGUAUAGUCCAGACAGUUUGCAGAGAAGGAAGAAGAUUAUCCUACCUCAACGAGCCACAGGAAACCAAGUGACCAAACGAAGUGUCCUCUCUUCUUUUGGAGUUAGAUUCAUGACUUUUUGUAUAAAAUUCAAAUGCAAAAUGCCUCAAUCUGUAGAAUAGGUUUGGUGUUGGCAUAGGAUUUAAAUAUCAAGAUUCUUUUUGGAAAGUUUCUCCUGAAAGUUAGGCACCAGAAAGCCUAGAAAGACCUCUUCGUGGGAAGGGGCCAGGAAAAUGGCGUCUCAUGGUUCUAAGAACACAGACCGAGACCAGUUCUGCACUGGUGACAGUCUUCGCGGGCCCUGGACCGAGUCGCCCAACUUUCCCCACCGCCUAAAAGUCUCUCAAGUUUCCAUUUUAGGCCACGUGGAAGGAGCCGUCUGUCCCCAUUCAUCUUUUAUAUUAAAGCCCUGAUGUGCUAUAAUUGCUUUAAAAAUGGAACAAUGGAGGUAUGUCUAGCAUUUUUUAACUUCAGAUAAUUUUGUAAAAUUAAGUUAAAUGUUUUUUAAAAGGAGGAUGUAGUUUUUAUAUUUUCAAAAUCAGUUUUUGGACUAUGUAUAAGUAAUCUCAUCUAAGAGAUUGUAUCAUGUAUUUGCCAUUUAAAAUGAUUUUAUUUAUAAAAUUAUCAAUAUUAGGGGCACCUGGGUGGCUCAGUCAGUUAAGCCUCCGA